AUGAAACUGGCACGUUUAAGUCCUACUACUCCACUUUCUUCUACCAGUUCAAUAAAUCAUAUUAAUCCACCAUCACCACUUACUCUACAACUAACACCAAAUUUAACUAGUUCUCUUGAACUUUAUCCAAUGAACACUUUUUCAUGUUCUGGUUCUCCAAACAUUUUAAAUGAAACACCAACUUCACCACUUACUGUUACUUCAUGUCCAUUAAAUGAAUCUCCACGUCUUUUUACUAGACAUUCUAGUUCUCAUAUAGGAAGACUUAAAAGAAGAAGUACCGAACCCAUGAGAUCAAGUAUCUCUUUAGAAUUCACAAAAAGGGUUGCAGCUGAAUGUGAUCAAUUAUAUCCAAAAAACCCAAAAAUUAAACAAAUUAGUUUAAUAUCAAUUGAACAAUAUAAGAAUUUAAUUAACUCUAAAUCAAAAAGAGUUAUUACUAUUGACUCAAGAUAUCCAUAUGAAUACAACGCAGGUCAUAUUAUUAAUUCCAUUAAUAUAUGGAGUGAUAAUGAUAUUUUUCAACAGUUACAACCAUUAGAAGAAAUACAUAAUAAUAUUAAACCUGUUCUUAUUAUUUACUGUGAAUUUUCUCAAAAAAGAGGACCACUUAUUGCAAAAAAAAUUAGAGAAUUAGAUUGGAAUCUUAUGGUUGAAUCUUAUAGCUUUAAUUGGUUAUUCCCUGAGAUUUACGUCUUAGAAGGAGGAUUUAAAAGUUUUUAUAAAAGAAAUAAUGAAUUAUGUUUUGGAGAAUAUAUAAAAAUGGAUGAUCCUCGAUAUGCAUAUGAACAAUCUUGUUAUGUAAAAUAUUUUAGGAAAUAUUCUAUCUCUACUAAUCCUUUAUUGGAUGGGUUUUCUCAUCUUUCUCAUUCUCAGUGA